CUGAGCCCGCCAGGCUCCCCGACGACAGGGAUUUUUCAUCAUUUCUUCUGUGAGGCCUGCAGUGUUGCAUUAGCAAAGCUUUCACACUCCAGAUUGUCUUUCACAGAACACAGGUGUCCUGUGUUUGUGGCGUUUGCACCCUUCUGUAGGGCCCUGUGUCUCCCUGUGACAUUUCUGCUCAGCCCUCCCCACAGAAACCUCUCAGAUUGUCCCCAGCCACCUGCAGCAUCCUUGGCUCUGUGGACGGUGAGUCUCUCCAGAGCAGGGACUAUGCAUACAGCGACUCAGUCAGUGUCCGCUGAAUGAAUGAUGGCUGCAGGGUGUGAACCGUUCUGGAGACCCAGAGCUUUGGGGCCCAGAAGAAAGGGCUCCAUAAAGUCAGGUUCCCUCUUGAGCCCACAGGUCCCCGGAGUGCGGGAACCACCCAGGCUGGGGAGCAUGCAGGGGAAGGCAGGUCCUUCUGAGCCCAGGUAGCCAUCUGACAUUCCUUGUCAGAGCUUGGAGAACCUCAAGAAUGAAGAAGGCCCAGAUCUUCUGCUUCUCUGGCCUAGGAAGAUCAGAGGAUACAUAAAAGUGCUGCUGCUCUGGGAAAAGCUGGGAGAGGUAACCAUGGAGACUUUGACCUCAAGGCCUAGGGAGAGAGGUUGAGAGUUCAUGAAGGGGGUGCAGUGGGGGAGAAUCGAGCCGGGUGUGGAGAGAGAAGAAAGGAGUUUGUGACGCAGCAGACGUUGCUGAGGUCCAGGUGGAGAGUCAGCAAACACAGGCAGGGGCCACAUCUCCUCGUAGCCUUCCUUCUCCUCCCGCAGCUCUCCGUUCUCAAGCCUCAGCCCUUCCCCAGGAUGGGGAGGACAGGACAGUUUCAGAUCAAAGAUUUGAAAGGUCAGCUCUCACUGUUAGCCAGAUGGAGAGAUGGUGCGUUCACACCAUUGAAAGGGGCAUUUUUAGUCUUCUUGGAAGUUCUGCACACGUCUGCUCCAAUAUUUCCUACUCUUAAGAAUUCAUUCCAAAUCAGAGCGAGUAUUCAAAGACUGAUCAUUGCAACGUUGUUUGUAACAGCAAAAAAAGAGAAAAAACCGUGGGGUGGACUCCAUGUCCGUCCAUUGGAUUGAUGUUGGAUUGAUGGACUGUUAUCAUUUUGUUUCUUCUCACGUCCAGGUCCUGUGCCGCUGUCAAAUGUGGUCACAAGCGGAUGAAAAUAUCAGGACAGGAAAAGACGCGCUCGCUCUCUCUCUCACAUACACACACACCGUAGAUCUGUGCAUAUGUGUUAACUCAUUUUUCCUUUAGGUUGCAAGAAAAAGAAAUCAAAGUUUGCAAAAUUUUAAGUACGUGCUCUUUUCGGCGCGUGCAAAAUUAUUUUACAAAGCUUCCUUUUUUUACGAAAAGACGUUAUGGAGAAAUUCGGAAGGUUUGAGUUACUUCCUUACUGUACACUCUAAUUGUAAAUGUUGUUGGGGAACUUGCCGCCACGAGGGCUGAAGAAAUUAACACGGUUCUACUUCCCACCAGCUCCUGGUAUGAUCCUGUCGUUACCGUCAUCACCUUCUGACGGUUGUCACCACCGAUUCCCACAGUGAGCUUGUGUCAGUUCCUCCGUAGCGGUCAUUGUCCGCCACCUGUCUCUGGUUUCUGUAGUCCUGGCGUCACUGACUUGCCUGUUGGCUGGCUCAGCGUCAUUGCACGAUUUGCUUUUCCCAAAGAAGACUUGCGGAUGCUGUCUCCGCUGACCGUUUCUGUGCUGAACAAUGUCUGUGCCUUUAGGCGAACGGAAUUUGCGGAUGGCACGUUGGCGAAGCUGAAGAGUCUUCAUUCAUACUUUCGGAACUGGCGUUAAGUCUCAUGCUGGUCUUUCUCUCCCUUCUCCGUUCACCUUCUGGAGCCAUUGACCUUCACGGACGUGGCUGUGGUCUUCACCGAGGAGGAGCUGAGGCUUCUAGACCCCACCCAGAGGAAGCUGUACCGAGAUGUGAUGCUGGAGAACUUCCAGAACCUGCUCUCUCUGGGAGACAAGAAUGAAAAGGAUCUGGAGUAUAUUCGAGAAAGGGAACUUAAGUGCCUUUCCUACAGAGAGCUGUCCUACUGGAAAAUCGGGGAACAGGCGGCUGGUGAAUUAACUGGGAGUCAAGACCGUAGAGUGAAUCUUCAAGGGAAGGAUUUCCAGUUCUCGGAAGACGCUUCUCCCUGCCCGGGGUGGGAAGGAGCAUCUCCUCGGGGUUCGCAAAUUGACAAUCUGGCCGGCGGUCUUCAAGGACCCAUCAGUUCGGAAAAUCAAGCGUUUCCACCCUGGAAAGCUAUAAGACCGGUAUCCGUUCAAGAAUCUUGGAUGAAAGCCUUUGUGAACGAGUCGUGGAAUGUUCUGGAAAGGUGUAAAAAACUUGACACGCAGGGUACAACGUAUAAACCUGAGUGGGACGGUUUCGGCUUCCGCUGGGUAUCACGUUGUCACGAUGACCACAGGUUACCAGAAAGAGAGAGCCCGUGUGAUCGCGAGCGCUGUGGAAGAGACGGCCUGAAAAAGUCAACCCUCCGUCACCCUGCCCCGGAAGAGGAUGACCUGAGAAGCAGCGAACGCGGAGAUGGCCUCAGGGGCGCCUUGCACCUUCCCGCCCAGCCCAGAGCUCCCUGGAAAGAGAAAGCCCGUAGAUCUCCCGAGGGUGGUACGGGCUUGAGGCAGACCGCCCACCUCGAGAGGCCCCAGAGGACCCCCACGGACGAGAAACCCUCCAAGGGUAACGAGCGCGCCCGGGGCCUCCGGCAGAACGCGCGCGGUCCCAGCCGGCCCCGGGCCCCCGCCGGGGAGAUGCCCUACCGAUGCGACGUGUGCGGGAAGGGCUUCCGGUAUCAGUCGAUUCUGCUCAUCCACCAGGGCGUGCACACGGGAAAGAAGCCCUACGCGUGUGAGGAGUGCGGGAAGGCCUUCGGUCGAAGCUCAAACCUGCUCGUCCACCAGCGGGUCCACACCGGGGAGAAGCCCUACAAGUGCGGCGAGUGCGGGAAGGGCUUCAGCUACAGCUCGGUGCUGCAGGUGCACCGGCGGCUGCACACGGGCGAGAAGCCCUACGCGUGUGGCGAGUGCGGCAAGGGCUUCUACGCCAAGUCCGCGCUCCACAAGCACCGGCACGUGCACCCGGGGGAGAAGCCCUUCGGCUGCGGCGCCGAGUGCGGGAAGGGCUUCUCGUGCGGCUCCCACCCGAGCAGCCACCAGAAGGCGCACGCGGGGCAGAAGCCCUACCGGUGCGACCAGUGCGACAAGGGUUUCAGCUACAACUCGUACCUCCGGGCCCACCAGCGGGUUCACACGGGGCAGCGCCUCUUCGACUGCGACGUGUGCGGGAAGAGCUUCAGCUACAGCUCGGGGCUGCUCCGGCACCAGAGGCUGCACACGGGGGAGAAGCCCUACAAGUGCGAGUGCGGGAAGGGCUUCGGCCGAAGCUCGGACCUCCACGUCCACCAGAGGGUCCACACCGGGGAGAAGCCCUACAAGUGCGGCGAGUGCGGGAAGGGCUUCCGGCGCAAUUCGGACCUUCACAGUCACCAGAGGGUCCACACGGGGGAGAGGCCGUUCGUGUGCGACGCGUGUGGGAAGGGCUUCAUUUACAGCUCCGACCUCCUCAUCCACCAGAGGACCCACACCGGCGAGAAACCCUACAAGUGUGCCGAGUGCGGCAAAGGCUUCAGUUACAGCUCGGGGCUCCUCAUCCACCAGAGGGUCCACACCGGCGAGAAGCCCUACAAGUGCGAAGCGUGCGGGAAGGGUUUCCGGUGCACGUCAAGCCUCUACAAACAUCAGCGGAUCCACACGGGGAAGAAGCCGUACACGUGUGAUCAGUGUGGCAAGGGCUUCAGUUACGGCUCAAAUCUUCGCACCCACCAGAGACUGCACACGGGGGAGAAACCCUACACGUGUUACGAAUGUGGCAAGGGCUUCAGGUACGGCUCUGGUCUCCUCAGUCACAAGAGGGUGCACACCGGAGAGAAGCCCUACAGAUGCGACGUGUGUGGGAAGGGCUACAGUCAGAGCUCACAUCUUCAAGGCCACCAGAGGGUCCACACUGGCGAGAAGCCCUACAGAUGCGAGGAGUGCGGGAAGGGCUUUGGGCGAAGCUCCUGUCUUCACGUCCACCAGAGGGUCCACACCGGCGAGAAGCCCUACAAGUGCGGGGAGUGCGGGAAGGGCUUCAGUUACAGCUCAGGGCUGCGGAAUCAUCAGCGAGCGCACGCUGGCGAGAAACCGGAGAAACAGACACGCGCUGAGGCAGAACUCAGAACUUGACGCCCGUCUGAGCGCCGACGCAGGAGGAAGGCCUUGCGAACGGGAUGCGCAGGGAGGGCUCCGGUGGAGGGUGACCCGUCACAGCAGUCGGCCUGCCCAGGAAGGGACGAUCCGGAAGGUUGACAGAUGAGAAAAGCACUUGCGUCGCAAACUUUGCUCUCCAAGGGUCUGUCCCCCAGAGGACCGUCCUUGAAGUACGGCGGCCUCGGUAAAAAUCGCCGCUCUCAUCAGAGUCGGCCCAGGAGGGAGCUUUUUACGAAUGACAUAGGAGUGUGUCCGAGGAGCAGACUGUGAACGUGGAUUCCUUGCUGGGGGGCGGGUGUAGGGUGGGGGGGGGAGUACCUACACAUGGGACAAAUGUAGGAGAAAGUCGUCACCUUACUAAAACCAACAUCGUGCGUACCUUUUAGAAGAUGGUUUUUACAAAAAUGGAGAGAUGAUGUUCACAUUGGUGAGGGCAAGUCACUUUCAGAAGGCUGGGAACAGAGAGUCUGCCUCUUGGCAGGUGUAUCUCCAAGUGAUGUAUCGCCAUCAUGUUUUUAUCAUGCUGGGGUGAAUGUGUUUUAUCUCCUAGAGAUACACCGCUCUCCUAGACAGGCCGUGCUGUAUGGCAGGACCAUUGCAUUUUAUCAAGUUUUAAAAACACAGUCCGACUGGCAUUGCAUUGAAUUUAUUGGUUAAUUUAUUGCUGUCACGAAUAUUUCUGCCCUGUUCGUUUCGUUUCCUCGUGUUUUUAAAGAUACAUAUUAGAGCAUUAAAAAAACCCCAGAAAUACCCCUUUAACUUGUCAGAACAGAACAUAGAGUCACCAAAGCCACCAUCGGUGGGACCUGUGGAAAUAGGCACUCGUGAAUAUACUGGUAGGAGUGAAAAGAAGUAGUCUUUUUUUUGGAAAGGAUUUGUCAGUGUAUCGAGUCCAAUUUGUAUAACCUUUGAAGUGGCAGUGAGGGUGUAGUCAGUGAUAGUUGAGAGAUAGUUGCACAUGUGGGAAAAGAUGUAUGCCUCCAGCUGAGUUUCUUAGAGUUUUCUUACUAUAGCAGAAAAAAAAAAAAUACUCCAAGUAUAACAAAGGCACAUGUAAAUGAGCGAAAACCACUAAAAAUAUUCAGUGCCUACAGUGGCAUUGAAGGUUGCCCACAAACUAUUUUGUGAGUCAGGAGAGUUGUGGAACACUUUUAGUAUGACUCCCAUUUUGUUGGUAUGUUUUUGUGUGUGUAUGUUUAGAGAGAGAGAAAAGAAAAAAGUGUGAAAGGUUAGUAUGAUAACUGCAUAUCUCUAGCAAGUGGGAUGCGGGGUAUGUAAUACAUUCAUGUACUUUUAUGCAUUUUACUUUUUCACGAAGAGUAUAUAUCAGUUUUAUAAUGAUAGUAAAGCUAUUUUUU